GAUCUCACCAAUGUCCUUAAAAGAGUCAAAGAGAAUAAAGCACCGGGUGAGGACCGAAUAACCUAUGAGUUCUUCAAGUAUGCGCCGGCUGUCUUUUUGGAAAAAUUGGUGAAGAUAUUUAAUGAGCAAAAUUGAUAGACAUGCUCUGUUUUACAAACUCACUGAAAUUGGAGUGUCACAAAAAAUGUUGAAUACACUGAAGAAGCUGUAUGAAGGAUCAACGUCAAGAGUAUGGGGACAAGAGGGCCUCUCAGGAAAGUUUGAGACAGGUGCAGGUGUGAAACAGGGCUGUUUAUUGAGCCCCCUACUAUUCUCAUUGUUUAUUAAUGAUCUGGAGGAGUAUUUAGAUGGAGGGAUCAGUGUGGGUGGCAUUUGCAUUAAACUAUUAGCUUACGCUGAUGAUAUUGUUCUUCUGGCCCCAGAUAGAGUAUCAAUGAGAAGGAUGAUAGCCAACCUGGAAACAUAUUGUGAGAGGUGGAAUCUUCAGGUGAAUCUUCAGAAGUCCGAAAUCAUGAUAUUUAGAAGAGGUGGUAGGAUUAGUAGGCAUGAUGCUUGGAGAUAUAAUAAUGAGCCAAUCAAAGUUGUUGGAAGCUAUAAGUACUUAGGAGUGAAUUUGUCAUCUCAACUCUCAUUGAGUCGGCACUUUAAGGAGAAAGCCUCUGCUGCAAAAAUUUCUUUGAACGUGUUUAACGGGCUCCUAGCACAGAAUAAUAUACAAUUCAAGCAGAAACUUGAUGUUUUUGAAGCUGUAUCAAGAUCCAUUAUAUGCUAUGGAGCACAAGUGUGGGGAGGAAGGAUGGUUGAUGUGGUGGAAAAAGUGCAACGGCUCUUCCUGAAAAAAGUCUUCAACCUGCCAUUGUGGGCCCCUGACUAUUGUUUAUUCCUUGAAACUGGAGUUAGCCCACUGCUAGUCCACACUUUGAAGCUGCAUCUCAAGUACGUACACCGAUGUCUGAGCCUACCCGAUCACAGAUACCCCUGCAUACUAAUGAAGAAGGUGAUAGAGAAGAAGAUCUUCAUAUAUAACGACUGGCUGGAGCUACAAACUGUCUUCGGCAUCCCUGCUUCUAGCAUUCCAUCGUGCAACGUGCUGGCGGUGGUGAACAGGGUCAAGGAGGGGCUCAGCGAGAGCUUCGGAAGGAGAAGGAUGCGCAGCCAGAGAUGUUCAAUCUACCCUGAAUUGGCAAACUUCACGGAUUACAUUCAUCAUCAGGGUGACUUCACACUGGUGAAGUGGUUCCUGAAGGCUAGAACUGAGCUCAUCCGACUGAACAAAUACUCGUUUAGCCAGGCAGUGAAGAUUUGUUCAUUAUGCAACAUGAAAGAAGAAGAAGACGUACCACACUUCAUUGCAAGAUGUCCCAUCCUUUCUGAAAUCCGGAGAAGACAACUGAACAACAGUAUCCUCACAACUCAGGAGCUGAGGUCAAGACUAAACGGGCAGGACUGGGAAGCUGUAGGCCGGUACUGCAAAGAAGCGUGGCAGUACAGAUACUCUCUUGUGCAGGAAUACAACUUUUGAAAAAAAAA